CAUGCUGUGGUCAGCUUGCAGACUGCAUGAGCUGGGCCCCCGCACAACAUCCUGUGCAUUGCCAGCAUCACUGGGGCGGUGCUCCCAACAGCAGAAGCAGCACCAUGUCACCCACGUUCGUCAGUCUGGAGUGUCUUGGGUUCUUCUUGGUCCAGGGGAUCUGGGCACAUGCGGGUGGUCACCACAAGCCCUCCCUGUCUGCCCGGCCAAGCCCUGUGGUGCCUCAAGGAAAUCACGUGAGUCUUCGGUGUCACUCUCAUCCUGGGUUUAACAUGUUCAGGCUGUACAAGGAAGACGGGGCCCACGUCCCUGAGCUCCGGAGCAGAAUAUUCCAGAGCAACUUCCUCAUGGGGCCUGUGACCGCAACACACGCAGGGACCUACAGAUGUCAUGGAUUUUACCUUUCCUCCACCUCUAUGUGGUCAGCACUCAGCGACCCCCUGGUGAUCGUGGUCACAGGAGUCUACAGAAAACCUUCCCUGUUGGCCCACCCAAGUCCCCUGGUGAACUCAGGAGGGAAUGUGACCCUACAGUGUGUCUCAGAAAUUGUCUUCGAGAGCUUCAUUCUGAUUCUGCACAGAGAGGGGGAAACCGAGGACCCCUUGCGCCUUGUUGGGAAGCUCCAUGAUGGAUGCUCCCAGGCCAACUUCUCCAUGGGUCCUGUGACACCUGCCCAUGCAGGGACCUACAGAUGCUACGGUUCUGCCAAUCACUCCUCCUAUGAAUGGUCAGCUCCCAGUGACCCCCUGGACAUCGUGAUCACAGGUCUACACAGGAAACCUUCCCUCUCAGUCCAGCGGGGCCCCAUGGUGAGGUCAGGAGAGAACGUGACCUUGUCCUGCAGCUCCGAGAUCCCAUUUGACGUGUACCAUCUAUGCAGGGAGGGGGAGGCCUGUGGCCACAGGCUCCCUACAGUGCGGAGCCACCACGGUGCAUUGGGGGCUGACUUCCCUGUGGGCCCUGCAACCUGCGGAGGGACCUACAGAUGCUAUGGCUCUGUCAGGGACUCUCUCUAUGAGUGGUCGGCCCCGAGUGACCCCCUGUUCCUUUGUGUCACAGGAAACUCUUCAACUAGUCGCCCUCCCCCCACAGAACCCAGCUCCAACACUGGUGACCUGUGGCACCUGCAUGCUCUGAUCUGGCCCUCAGUGGUCAUCGUCCUCCUUGCCAUCCUCCUCUUCUUCCUCAUCCAUCGCAGGUGCUCUGCUCAGAAGAGUGCUGCUACGAUGGACAGAGAGCCCGAGGUGGACAGAACAGGGAACUGGGAGGACUCCAAUGGACAAGACCCAGAGGAAGUGACAUACGCACAGUUGGAUCAUCAGAUUUUCACACAGAAGAAAAUCACUCCCACUUCCCAGAGGCCCAAGGAACCCUCAGUGGACACCACUGUGUACGUGGAACUCGCAAAAUGCUAA